GUCCCCCUCUCUCUCUUUCUCUCCUCAUUUCUUUUUUUUUUUUUUUACAAGAAAUCAAUUGUUGAAAAAAAAAAAAGAUGCCUUCGGAAAGCAAGAAGCGUGUUUGUUAUUUCUAUGAUGCCAAUGUGGGCAAUUAUCAUUACGGACCUGGACAUCCCAUGCGUCCUCAUCGUAUUAGAAUGUGUCAUGGUUUGGUCAUGAAUUACGGUCUUUAUAAGAAAAUGGAAAUCUACAGAGCCAAACCUGCAAACAAAUGGGAGAUGACCCAAUUUCAUACAGACGAUUACAUUGAUUUCUUAUCUCGCGUUACUCCUGAGAACAUGGAACAGUUUCAAAAAGAACAAGCUAAAUUCAAUGUGGGUGAUGAUUCUCCUGUUUUCGAAGGAUUGUUUGAAUACUGUGGUCUGAGUGCGGGUGGAUCCAUGGAGGGUGCUGCCAGAUUAAAUCGCGGCUUGUGUGAUAUUGCUAUCAAUUGGGCUGGUGGACUCCAUCACGCCAAAAAAUCCGAAGCAUCUGGCUUUUGUUACGUCAAUGAUAUUGUCUUGGGUAUCCUCGAACUCUUGCGUUAUUACGCCCGUGUGUUAUAUAUCGAUAUUGAUGUGCAUCAUGGUGAUGGUGUGGAAGAAGCCUUUUAUACCACAGAUCGUGUCAUGACCGUCAGUUUCCAUAAAUACGGUGAAUUCUUUCCAGGCACCGGUGAAUUAAAGGACGUGGGUGUGCAAAAAGGAAAAUAUUAUAGUGUCAAUGUGCCUCUGAGAGACGGUAUCGAUGAUGACAGUUAUCAAUCUACUUUUGAGCCUGUGAUUGAAAAAGUCAUGGAAUGGUAUAGACCAGCUGCUGUUGUGCUACAAUGUGGUGGUGAUUCACUGAGUGGUGAUAAAUUGGGUUGCUUCAAUCUGUCCAUGAAGGGACAUGCAAAUUGUGUAAAGUUUGUCAAGAAGUUCAACUUGCCCACCUUGGUUUUGGGUGGCGGUGGAUAUACCAUGAGAAACGUGGCUAGAACAUGGGCUUACGAAACCGGUGUGGUUGUAGGCGAAGAUAUUGGGCCUGAUAUGCCUUAUAACGAUUACUAUGAAUAUUUUGGUCCUGAUUACAAACUGGAUGUUCGCCCUAGUAACAUGGAAAAUUUAAAUACACCCGAUUAUCUGGAAAAGAUAAAAACCCAAGUUUUUGAGAAUCUUUCAAGAACAUUGUUUGCUCCCAGUGUUCAAAUGCAAGAGGUUCCACGCGAUCAUGAUAUGUCUGAAGAUGAAGAUGAGCAAGACCCUGAUGACAGAUUCACACAAAACUGCUGGGAUCGUCGUAUUGUGCCUGAUAAUGAAUAUUACGACUCAGAUGAAGGCGAGGCACAAGGAGCAGGAGGCAAUGUGGUAAGUGGGCACGAAAGAAACUACAACGAGGAUGAAGAUACCGAUUCAAAAGAAGGAUCACCCAUGGAUAUAAAAAUGUCACAAGAGGAAGAAGAUGAAAUUGCUGAUGCACUGAAUGAUGAACCUAUCAAGUUGGAACAAGAUGAGGAUAUCGUCAUGGCAGAUAAAGAGAGAUCACCUUCUCCUGAACCUACUAAUUACACUACUACCAGCACCACUAGCAACAACAUCAACAACAAUAGUAAUAGCAGCCAUGAACCUGUUCUCCAAACCCCCGAAAUAGCCGUCAUUAAACAUGAAGAAACUCCUGUGGCUGCAGUUGAUACAUCGGAUGCAGUACCAACAAUAACAACCGCAGCCCCUCCACCUCCACCACCAACAACAGUGACAGCAGUAGCAGAAACAGCCGUUGUACCGGAAACCGCGCCAAAAGUGCAUGCUGAAUUAGAAAACGAUACCAUGUCGUCGAGAUUAGGUGUUGAUAGUGAGGAAGAAGGAGAGGUGAAAUCAAUAAAGUCACAAUCCCCUCCUCCUCCUCCAGAAUCACCGAAAGAGUUGGUUGAACAAGUUGUACAAGAAACUACCAUUGUAACCGAUCAUCUUGAGAGACCUCAACCGGUUGAAGACGCCUUAGAAGAUGGUGAAAUUGCAGAGUGAUUUAUAUAUAAAAAAAUAAAAAAAAUUAAUAAUAAUAAAAAAAAAAAAAAAA